AUGGACGCUAACCGCCACCACCCGUCUCUCCUCCUGCUCCCGGCUCCACCUUCACCGGCAACCAAGGAGUCAUUGAGCGCCGCAUACCGGCCUCCGCUCGAGGCCGCCAUCUCCAAGUGCCGCAACCCAGAGCACGCCACCGUGCUGAUAGUGGCCCUCGUCGCGCCCAUCCUCACGGGACCCUACCGCUUCUCCAAGACCCUGAUCUGGCAGCACGCCCAGUCCCUCGUUGCGGGCCUGUACGCCAUCGCGUCGGCGGUGUGCGCCAAGCUCUCGGUCGACGCGCACAUCGGCGCCGGGCCGGGGUCCGUCGACGUCCGCGUGCUGCUGGUCGACCGCCAGAACGGCGGCGGCGACGAUGGGAAAAAGCCCGCACCACUCCCGGCAGACGUCGCCAAGGCCGUGGCGGUCCCCGAGCCCAACAAUACAGCCGUCGCGGACCUGCCCACCUUUGCCGCCUCGCACCGCCCGUGGACGACCAUCUACCACUGCGGCACCGAGGCCGGCCUGGGCCUAUUUGCCGACUACCUGCGCCUGGCCGAAGCGGGCAGGCUAGUGUUGCGGCAGGAGCAGCUGGUCGCCGUGCCGGGCGGCGUGACCAUGCACGACCCGUCGUCCACGGCGGACGGCGAGAGCGGACAGACCAAGGGCCACGGCAUAGUCUGCAUCGGCGGGACAUUUGACUACCUCCACGCCGGCCAUAAGUUGCUCCUCACGGGCGGCGCGCUGCUGCUCGACCUGCCCAGGAUGGACGAGGGGGAAAAGCCGGCCACUUUCAUCGUCGGCAUCACGGGCGACGAGCUGCUCAAGAACAAAAAGUACGCCGAGCUCGUGCAGUCCUGGGACAGCCGGGCGAGGAGCGUCAUCGACUUCCUGGCGACGGUGCUUUGUCUCAGUCCUGAGGAGGCACGACCGAAGAUUGAAGAAAAGGAUGGGCUGUUCGUCGCCCGGCUGCGAGGCGGCGCUGUCGAGGUGAAUUGUGUCAGGAUCCAAGAUGCGUUCGGGCCGACAAUCACCAUGCAGGAGGUUUCGUCCCUUGUCCUUUCGGCCGAGACGAGGGCAGGAGGCAAGGCUGUCAAUGAUAAACGUGCCGAGCUGGGCUGGGCGCCGCUUGAGCUCUUCGAGGUUGAUGUCCUGGAUGCGGGAGAUGUGCAGUCGUCGGACGAACCUACCAAAACUGCUGAGUUUGCUUCCAAGAUCAGCAGUACAACCAUUCGUAAGCUCAAGGCAGAGUCACGGGGUUGA